AUGCCAGUACAUCGCCCGAUGCCGUGAAGAGGAGCCACUGGUGCAACGUGGCCUAUUGGGAGCCCCGGACACGCGUCGGCCGCCUCUACACAGUGUACGAACAGUCUGUCAGUAUAUUUUAUGACCUACCUCAAGGAAACGGCUUCUGCCUCGGACAGCUAAACCUGGAAAACAGGAGCGAGACUGUGAGAAGGACUCGAAGUAAAAUCGGCUAUGGGAUUUUACUUAGCAAGGAACCGGACGGUGUGUGGGCUUACAACCGCAGCGAGCAUCCCAUCUUCGUCAACUCCCCGACACUGGACAUCCCCAACUGUAGGACUUUGAUAGUGCGCAAGGUGAUGCCGGGCUAUUCCAUCAAGGUGUUUGACUAUGAGAAGUCCUGCCUCUUGCAGCACACGGCUGAUCUGGAUUACGUGGACGGGCCCUACGACCCGAACAGCGUGCGGAUUAGCUUCGCCAAAGGCUGGGGGCCGUGUUACUCCAGACAGUUUAUCACGUCGUGUCCUUGUUGGCUGGAGAUUUUACUCAGUAACAAUCGAUAACGGUCAGCCUCUGACGAAAGGAAAAAGAAAAAAAAAGACACAGACUAUCCCAAA